GUUUACUUUUGUGUUGUAUCUAAUAAGUGUCUUACUUAUGUCGUGGUGUUUCGUUAUUUUUGAAGAUUAACUUCUCUCAAUUGUUCUUUGCCUUUUUUUGCAAAACUUAAGUCCAGUAAUAUAAAAGCUUGCUUAUGUCACUGAAAUUAAUACUAUUUGAUUUAAAUGAAAAUUUAUCACUGACUCAAAAUUGUCUAGCACGUUUUUAUUAUCACUGGUGUGUAAGUAAAAUUGUGCUUAGCAAAAUGUGGCUGCUAUUCAUUGUUAAUUUAACAAAUUGAAACUGGAAUCACUUGAUCAAAAUCAGAUUGUGUAAAAAAUGAGGUGAACUUCUUUCUUUAAUAUUGUCCCCUAAUUUGCUGUCCUCUGUUGUUGCCUCAGAAUGUAAAGCUGUACAGUAAUGGCGACCCCAAAGAGAAAGCAUGAAAGAACCUUUAGAGUAGAGUUCAACAAUUAAGGCAAGUAGACAAGCCAAAGACCUCUUAAGGAUCAGGCUUGAAGAGAAGGGAGAGUUUGGGAAAAGAAAAAGUAAAGAAAAGCUGGAAGAAGGACAAGCCAUAAUGGGAGACAAAGCUUCGCUUUAUCUACAAAAGGGGGAAAAGGUUGUUUUUCAAAGUUAAAGAUAAAGCCAUCUGUCAUUUUUGGCCAAGCAUCUCAUGACAAGUCCUUCUGACAAGCACUUAAAGAGUUAAAGGUCAAGAUGAAGUUGAAUGGUGGCCAAGAUUAAAGGAGUCAUACCUGAUGUAUCCUACAGAAUUACAGUUUUUCUUCUGUCUGUCAUUACCUUAACACUGCCCACAUUUGAAGAUGUCCGUGAUGCAGAAGAUGCUCUCCAUAAUUUGGAUCGAAAGUGGAUUUGUGGUCGGCAAAUAGAAAUCCAGUUUGCACAGGGGGACCGCAAGACACCAAACCAAAUGAAAGCCAAGGAGGGGAGAAACCUGUACAGUUCUUCUCGUUACGAUGACUAUGACAGAUACAGGCGGUCUCGGAGUCGCAGUUACGAGCGCAGACGGUCGAGGAGUCGCUCCUUUGAUUACAGCUAUAGAAGAUCCUAUAGUCCCAGAAACAGUAGACCUACUGGAAGACCUCGUCGUAGCAGAAGCCAUUCGGACAAUGAUAGGUUCAAACACCGCAAUCGAUCUUUUUCAAGAUCUAAGUCCAAUUCAAGAUCACGAUCCAAGUCACAGCCCAAGAAAGAAAUGAAGGCUAAAUCACGGUCUAGGUCUGCAUCUCACACCAAAUCUAGAGGCACCUCUAAAACAGAUACUAAAACACACUAUAAGUCCAGCUCAAGAUAUGAGAAGGAGUCGAGAAAAAAAGAACCAGCUAGAUCCAAAUCACAGUCAAGAUCACAUUCUAGGUCUAGGUCAAAAUCCAGAUCGAGGUCUUGGACUAGUCCCAAGUCCAGUGGCCACUAACAGUGUAUCCAUGUUGGUUUAGGCAUGUAAGAUUCAUUUACACACAGUUCAGUUUACUUAAAUUAUCAGGAAUAUGAUGUUGCAACAGUGCUAAAAACUAUUUUCUUUGUCAGUUUUCCCUGUAGCCGACAAUGGUUGAAAUUAGAACAGUGUUGAGAAGCCACAGAGAGAGAGAGAGAGAGAGAGAGAGAUUGUCCACUUGGUUAAAUGUCAUGGGCAGCUAAUGAUUUGGUUGUGGUGUCUCUAUGUAUAUUUUUGUAAAGAUUUGCAUUUUUAAUGCUUAGAUAUUUGGUGAUGACUUGGUUGAUCGUAACUUGCAACAUUGUCCUUUUACAAAUGUCACACCCGUAGAAAAAUUGGUACCAGUUUGUGCUGGGCAGUUAAACCAGCUGUUUAACUGGUUCUUCAACUCUAAACUUUGUGAGAAAAAGGAAAACUGGACAGCUGUAGUGCAACACUGGCUGCUAGGAAAUCAGACUGGCAGUUUGUUUCCGUGGCUCCAGGGCAGGUUUCAGUGUUCUCUGUGCCCACCAGCACCAGCAGGUUGGCAGAUGGAGCUCUGUGGAGGGAGAUUUGGGAGAUUUCUCUUUACCCUGCUGUCUGGAGAGAUGGUACUAACCUUGCAUGUACAACAUGGGCAGAGAGUUGGCCUUGGAGCUCACUCAGAGCCUGUGCAGUGUCGUGACUUGUCAGGAUAGAGGCUUCACUGCCUCUGCCCUGGCUGCUGGUGCUGAAUGUGAGGGAAAAACCCACCUUGAAAUGGAAAAUCUCAAUUCAGAUUUCAGCAAACGGCAGAGCAACUAAAUAUUAGGUUGUGUGUACAUUUUAUGCAGUUUUUUGUAUCUAUUCUCAAUUUUAGUGAGCAGUUAACCAUAAAGUUGCUUAGUUUUCCUGCUGUUAGAUACAAGUAGAUUGUUUGGAGUUGUGUGUGUACAGUAUAUAAGAACUAAACUUUUAUGCCAAUGACUCCUGUGGUUAGUUGGUGUAUUCAUAGGUAUCAAACUGUAGCCAUCUCCCUGGGUUACCAGGCUUGCUUUUUACACGGCAAAAAAGCAGCUGCUCAAGCAAGUCUGAAUCACUCCUUCCUCAGAAUGGAUAGUGGUUUGGUUACAAGAUUUCAUUUUCCUUCAGAACAAAAGUUUGAAGUUGGAUAUGAACAAGAGCUGCAUCUCUAGUUAUGUAGUUUAUCACAAAUACAGUAUAUUUAGAAAAUUGGACGUGAAAAAUAACAAACCCAGUGUGUAAUCUUCCCAGUAUUUCUCUAGAAGGCAAGAUCCUUUGUUAUGGAAAUGGCUUUUGGCAUUGUUUUUUCUUAUCUUUACCUUCAAAAGCCACCAUCAAACACUUAAGUGUUCCUCACUGUCUGAUGUCUGUAGCAUAGAAAGACAUUGAUUUCCAAAAGUUCCUUUUUAGAGAAAUGUUUUAGGGUUUGGGUUUAGUGUUUCAGCAGGGUCUUUAAAGAAGCACAAAUGGCUUUGGGAUCCUGUCAGUGGAACGUGCUUAGGGGUUGAUCCUAGAACCUUUGUACAUUUGAUAGUAUUUCUAACUUUUUCUUUUACUGUUUGCAGUUAAUGUUCAUGUUCUGCUAUGCAAUCAUUUAUAUGCACGUUCCUUUAAUUUUGUAGACUUUUCCUGGAUGUAUAGUUUAAAAAACAGCAAAAAGUCUAUUUAAAACUGUAGCAGUAGCGUGCAGCUCUAGCAGAGGAAAGUUGUGGGAUUAAACUUUGUAUUUCCUUUCUUAUAGAGGCUUCUAAAAAGGUAUUUUUAUAUGUUCUUUUUAACAAAUAUUGUGUACUACCUUUAAAACAUCGAUGUUUUGAUCAAAAUAACUAAAGACCCAGCUUAUUUUCUGCUUGCUGUAAAUUUAGCAAACAUGCUGUAAUAAAAAAAUGAAGGAAAUACUGAUCCACUGGAAUUAUUGUAGCUUUAGAAUUUGACUCCAGAGCAUGGUUAGGAGUAGAGCUAUGCAUCCCUUAUGGAGUAAAAUCCUUACUAUGGUAUUUCAGUAAAGGCAGGAAUUUUUCAUUUAGUGUCUGAAUAAAUGUCACUUAACAUUUUUGAAGGGGUACAAGACAAACUGAGAACUCUUAAGCAUAAGUUGUACUCUAAUAUAUUGAAUUUUCUUUGCCAUUAUCUUUCAUUAUUGCUGGAUGGACUUGCCCCAUAGGUUAUAAUUCAGAUAUUAUCAGCCAGGUUAUGAAACUACGUAAAAGCAAUGACUGAAGGUUCAUACAGAAUUAAAUUUAUAGUAUCACCAUAUCAAUUUAUGAUUGCCAUGUGAAAACUGGUGCCAGCAGUGGUUCUGUGGGAGGUGGCAAACAGAGAUGGAGCUGCCUGCUGGCACUGCUGUGUGCCCAGCUGAAGGGACAAAAAUCCUCUGUAAAGCACUGAAUUGCUUUGAUAAAUCUACUGUCACCCUUUAUAAGUUGAGCUGUGAUUAUUUCUGCUUCUAACAGCAGAAACCCCCACUCUUUUCAGCUUUAUAAUUUAUAAAUAUAAAUAUAUAGUCUUCAUGACUAAACUCCUGCUUGGAAGGGGUCCUGGUGACUGAGUGGUGGGGAGAGCGUGGCUGUGUCUGUCAGGGACCUGCAGGGAUUGCUGGGGUUGGUGGUGAUGCUGCUCCAGCUGGAAUUGGAGCUGGAAGGGUGGGAGGAGGGAGGAGGAAUCUCCAUGUCCAGGCAGAGUAACAGUAACUGUUCCUUAACUGUUGUGUCAGCAUGUCCUUAUAUUGUGUGCCUCAGCAUUUAUGUAUAGCACAGUUUAAUUUUUGUUUUGAAAAGCCAGAUCAUUGCAAGUAUAAUAUAGUGUCUGCCAGUUCUGAUGGUUCUUUCUUUCUCUCCCAGAGGUAGGACUAAACUUUGACUUGACUUGUGUAUAUGAACAAGCCAGAAAAGCCGAACACAAACCCACGAUGUUUCAAGAGUGCAUGAAUAAAGAUGUUGUCCUAGUUCUUGCUCCCAUGGAAAAAUUGUGAAGAAGCUGUUCUGUGGGCCUUUCAGUUGGGGACGAGUUAGCAGGAUGUGGCCAAAAGGGCAGGGAAUGUUUAUGCAUUCAUGCAAGUCAAGCCACAGCCCAUCUAGAUAACAUCUCCCUUCCUUGAUGCAGGUAUCCCAGUCCUGCCCUAAAAAAAUAAAAAAAGCAGGAGCCUGUUUUGUGCAAGCUUCCUGCAGGUUAUGCACAGCUGGAAUGCAAGAACUUUGCAGGCUACAAAAGAUCAUGUCUAGGCAUCUUUCUUUUGGAGUCUCAAGAAUGGUGGGAAUUAACGUUUUUCUGUGGUAAAACUAGAUUUUGUCAUUCCUGCAAAAUUUGUAGAAUUGAAGUAGUGUGUAAAAAAAAAAAAAAUAACUCUGCUGAAAGUAAUGGCUGUGCUCCAAAAUAUCUGCAGCGAAUCGAUUGGUGUCAGCAGUCAUAGAAGGCUCUAUUGGAACUUCUUUUUCACCUAAAGUCCAUGCACCCAACUGGUAAUUAAAAAUCUUCAAUUUAGUGGUUAAGUAGCUGGGUGUUUAAUUAGGGACUCUGAUAGACUGGUCUCUGAAAGCUCAAUGUUAUCCUUUCUAUGUCUUAUCAAGAUGUUUAAUGUACAGUAUCAUGGUUUUACUCAAAGUGGAAUCUUUUGGUUUUAAUGUUGUUUUGAGCUCUCUGCUUGGACAGAGCUUUUUUUCCUGCCUGCUGCCUUUGGGGUGAGAGCUGGGGGUGUGCUCGGAGAGGGGCAGUGCAGCCACACAGCACUGCUGCCCCUCGGGCCUUGGCAGGGAUGGUGCAGAUGAACAUUUUGAAGUACAAAGGGAUAAAAUUGACACAUUUUUAGGACAUAAUCACCCAUUAAGAACUGCUGGUUUUCUCCAUUUAUCUUGUAACUUGCUUAAAAAAAAGUCUGUAGUCCAUUGCUAUAAUAUUUGUCUAAAGAUGCUCUUGCUGCUGAGACUAUUGUAGGAAGGGAAGACUCUGUACCCUGUAGUGUGUUUGAUCGGAGAUGCUGAUGUUUUAUUCAUCCACAUCCUUUCUUCUUGAGUUUUGUGUUCCAUCUGUGCAAAUAACCCUGUGAAUUGGGAAUAAAAUGUACAAGUUUUGACUAUAA